AUGUCGCAAUACGAACCUUCAAGAGAAGUUCCUCGCCGUCGAGGCCCGUCCCUCUUCCCAUCACGAACAUCAGCCCAAAACCUUAGGAGUCAGUACACCAGAGAGGCACAGACGGCGCACCUCGUCCAGCUGAUCGAGGAGUUUCGUAAAUCCGAUCCCAUCUACGAACCUGUGCCGCCCACGCCGCCACCCAGAGCCCCAGGACGGCGGAGGAGUCAAAAGGUCAUCCAGCCCGUGGUGCGUUUUGCUUCGCCCCUAGAGCCCUUGGCACCACGGCGACGGGCAAAGACGCCGCUGGCUGCUCCUGUCGUGUACGAAGCCCCCGCGCAGACACAACCGGCCGUUGCCUUUUCUGCACCGAUGGAGGAGCAAACGCAGACGCGGCAGCCCACACCAGAAGGGCCAGUCGCAGUAUAUGUCAACGAGGAGGAGGGAUCGGAACUCCAGAGCUUCGACCUUGAAGGGUUUCCGAUGCCUCCCCAGUUUCAUGAGCGGGAAUACCACGACCCGGACUACGAGGGUGAUGAGUGGGUUGACUUGGAGGAGACGAGCGGCAAGGUCUACGCUUUCGAUCCGGCUCGCCUGGGAACGGACCCGUCCAGGACCGAUGAUGGAUCUGAUCUGGAGACGCCCUUCUCAGAUGACUCGACUCUGAGGGGUGAGGAGCCGCCACCGAGCAGAGCGCUUCAUGUGUAUCAGUCCCGAUACACGGGUGAGGGUGUUCUCGGCGGUGCGCACUCUGCGGCGUUGGACGUUGUGUACGACGCGAAGAGGACCCGGCAAUCGCUCUUCCGAUGGCUGCACGUACAACAAGACACGAUGAACUUUGACGAGUUUACGAAUGAAAUCUCAAAAGCUCUGUCAGAGAAAGAGCAAAACGAAAUCCGCAAGCUUCUUUCCGACGUGAGGAAGAACUACUCAAAGACCGUCCGCACGUCCAGGGAAACGACGGUGAAGCACAUGGAGCCCAGCUACCUCCAACUUCCUCUCCAGAAGGGCGACCAAGCAAAGGGCCCGCAGUCUGGAAAGCGAACAGUGACAUGGCUCUGCAUCCCUUACUUCUCCCUGGAAGAGUAUUCCGGAAUCCAGUCCACAGGCAACCCGGGAGCCUACCCGCCCCAAACACUGCUUCAGUCGGCCUUUUCACGAAACUCUCAAAAGCGAGACAUGCUCCAGGCAACGCGGCAGAUCGGCAACGGGGAGAAGAACUGGUGCUUCCACAUUCGACAGCUGUGGUGCAUCGUCCUCGACAACUCGCUGCUGAUUACCUGCGGUUCCAUGUACGAGGACGCGCUGCGUGGCAACACCAUCGCAGUGACAUCUGAACCGGGGAGAGAGCCCACAGCGAAUGCAGAGCAGGGUCGCAUACUGAUCCAAUACGGCGAGUCGGUGCUGUGGUCAUUCCCACUCGAAGAAUGCCAGACGUGGUUCGCCUUCAUUGCCCAUUUCUCCGACUUUUGGCCCAAGGCGGUCCGCUUCCACUUCAACGGGCGUCUCCUGACAGAGCCGCGGUGGUGGAAGGUGCUUCAAUUUGCCCGGACUUCACGCAAGAAUGUCGUGAUCAAUAUGGAAACCUGCGGGAUUCUGAGGCCCCUCAAACAGGGCCUGAGAAACACCGUCGGACAGCCGUCUGGUGCCAGUCUCCAAUCGCCCAAGCCGUCAUCUGGAGAGCGGAUGAGCCUCCCGCCCGGAAGGUCCAACAAAACCAACGAGAUGUUCCAUGUGUUUAGCUGGGCUGAAGCAACUCCCUCGAGUCCAGUGGAUGGCCCCAACUUUAUCGUUCUUCAGAAGCAGCUAUCGGGAGUGGAAGAGUUCCUGACAUCCGAAACAAACGGGCCGGACCGGCGAGCCUACCUCGAAGCUGAGACGUCCACACGAAAUGAGGUUUACUUGUACCUCGAGCAGCUAGGGGAAGACAUGCAAUCUACGAAAAAGGUGUGGAGGAAGCAGGACUAUGAGGAGCGCAUCGACAUCUUCAACGCAGCCGAUUCUCUGUUCAGAUUCUUUCUCCCUCCAUUGUUCGACGGCCCGACAACAGAGAGAUUCUGGGGCGCCGUCAUGAACUUAGUCAGGAUGUCUCCACCAGAGGCUGCUGACGCAAAGUCUCAUCCGAAUGACCUCGACAGGGCGAGACGCGACGCCGUUUAUGCGAAUGCCCCAACGGUUAGGAGACUGCUGCGCCAACUCGCACUUCCGGUCAUUGCGUUCAAGAGCAUCCUUUCCUGCGCUGAGCCAACGGAUCGGUUGGAUAUCGAUGUGCCGCUGGACCUGAUCCGUGCCUGGCUCCAUCUCGUCAUGGGCCUGAUCUAUGCCGGUCAUGAGACACACAUGUGGGAAGACCAUCUGGACGUCGCCGACUCGCUGGUGAAGAGCGGCAUGAAGCACAUUAUGGAACGGCUGUCAAACCUUAACCUUCUGGAGCGGUCUUCGGUCCUCCCGCUCGAGGUGGUCUCACUGAUCAGCUACGGCCUCUUGGCCAACACACCCGGAAAGUAUGCGGGAAUCACCGACACCUACUCGGAGUACCUCAGAGCUUUGGAAAACGAGAUUGCCAAUGGGCAGUCUGAUUUGUCGUACCAGCAGCGCAUAAACUUCCUGCGGCAAGAAGUCAACGUGAUAAACCGCACGAUAGCGGCCCAAAGCAAUGUCUUCAACUCCAUUCUAGCGUCUCGCCAAGAAGGCUUGUCUGCAGCACCGAAGCAAGACCGCAUGAAUCGAGCGCUGUUCACUGACCAUGCCAAUCGCCGUGAUGCUGGUUCGCUGCGGUCUCACCUGCGGUUUGGCAGAGGCAGACAUGCCGAUGACGACGACAUGAAUGUGCUGUUGGAGCCUAUAGCUGAGAUUUCCGACUUUUACAAGCUUCCGUCCACGGACGCCGCCGGCUUCAGGGAUCUCCUGGCGGCGGAGUGCACGCAGUUGUUGGAGCGGCGCAACCGAGACUUCCAGGAGUACGGCGAGCAAGCUGAUGUUUUGGAACAGACGAACCUCAACAACGCGGCGGUGACGAAGGACCGCCAGGAACAGGCCAUUUACGCUUUCACCAUUGUGACUAUCAUAUUCCUGCCUCUGAGCGCCGUUUCGAGCAUCUUCGGAAUGAACUCUAGCGACAUCCGAGACAUGGAGGAUGGGCAGUGGCUGUACUGGGCGACGGCCAUACCCGUGACCAUUCUGACGAUCGUGCUCGGCCUCUGGUGGAUGGGCGAGAUGGGACACCUCUGCAACUGGGUGGUUCGAAAGAUACGAGGCGACGAGACGCUUGGUUCAAGUUUUCCGUCGCACGGAGACGUCUCUGAGAAGCCUCACCAUCUCGACACGAUCAAAGGGCUCCCUGCUCCGCAGCCAGUGUACAGCCGGCCGCCGUCAGCCAAACAGAGAUUCAUGAGGCGAUUAGACAGUCACCUGGGAGGUCGAACCCGCCGGACCUGA